GCGAGGAAAGCGCCGGGCCGGCCGCCUGGAUCCUGACGCGGGGGAACUAACGGCUGAGUCGUCUGGGAUCCUAGGAAACUAUAUUUACCUAUGAAACUUGUGAAGAGCUUGGGACGAGGAGGGAGUAAGCUGCCUCUCGGGUCGAAGUUAUUUAUAGCUGCUGCCAAAGAAGCGAAGGGCUGUUUUAUUCUUCGUGCUGCUUUGGAUUUAACUUGUUUCCACCCCCAAGAUUUUCUCAGUGCCUUGGUCUGAGCCGUGCGCAGGCACCGGGGGGUCUGCCUUCCCGAGCUCCGGUACGAUGCUUUAUUUAUAAAGGAGAUGGAAUUCUUGGACCCGGCUAAAUGGAUUACAGCUAAUCAGUCACCUCCAAGAGAUAAUGUGCUGCCUUCGGUAAUGCUCGCUCAAUUGGAAGGCUUAAUCUGCAGAUUUAAGAUAUGCAUUCUGACCUGAAGAAAUAAGAGCAGUGUUCCAUGCAGGGUUUUAAACAUUGAAGCCACUGCUGGUUUUUGCUAUACUCGGUUUUCCUGUGAUAUUGGAAGGUUUCUGUUCCUUUCUCACUCAAGCACUUUGUGUUUUCAAGGGAAAAAGAGAAAAAAACCCAAACAACCAGUAACUCACAUCCAGGUAAAACUGCAUUUAAACCAGUGCACUGAUGACAACCUUAACCACCUCAUAAGUUAUCAUGUAUGUUUUAUAUCUAUGCAUCCUGUGCUGAGGGCAAGUUUACUGUAGUUUUUUAGGCAGAUGAUGUUUUCUAAAUGUUUCCCUCCUUUCCGAAAGUAGAAGAAUUGUAGUAUCUUGUGUGAACCCUUGCAAAAUGGGGAAGCCACUUAGCAGGCCGGACUGUUUACGUCAGAAUCCUCCGUGUGUGGGCAAAGGAGAAGAGGAUGAAGACCUGAACAUCGAGGACUGUUAUGUUCCCCAGAGGUCCAUCUAUGACACUGUGCGGCUCAAUGAGCAGAUCGAUUCGGGAUCCAAGGGCAGCCUCUCCUCCAGACACUUCACGGACCGGACCUUACCCUACAGUCACCGAACACUGGAUAUCGGCACUCUGUGCUCCAAUGGUGCCCUGACGUCCUCCAGUGCUUUUGAGCUCCGAAGCCGUGAGGCCAAGAAGUUAGAUGAGAAAAUGAUCUUUGACGCUCUCAAGCUGAACGGCGAUGUCAUUCGAACGGGGGGAUUGCCCAAAACGAAGUCUCACACAGAGAAAAAGGAGCACAGGCGGUCGUGGAGAAUGUUUGUCCCGCCCAACUUUUCAGAUUACACAAAUAAAAGCGAAUGCUCAUUCAGUGAAACUGGUGACCUGUCAGAUACAGCUAAAUCAGGCAAAUGCAAGUGGGGUACGAAUUCUCUGACCUCAGAAGAAGAUGAUUCUGGUUUGUGCAGCCCUCCAACAGAAAGGGAAGAAAAACAAGAUACGCUCUUAGCAGGGGAGCGAAUGCAGGCACAGACUUUGUCUUCUGCAGAAGACAUCCAGGCAGUAGGUCAGCUCAGCCCAUUCUUUCCAGCUCUUUGCAGAGAGCAGCAAGCCCCAGUGCUUGCAAGCAGCAGUGUUUUUGUCAGAGAGAGCUGCAGGCUGACUUCAUGUGACAUUGUGCCCUCUGGAAAAGUCAAACAAAGCAAUUCACAGAAAUGUGAGAGUGACCAGGAAGAGAUGGGUGGAAAAUACACUUACUUAGAAAGUUUCAGAAAGGAAACUCUGACACAUGGCCAUCCUCUUCAAGGUGAUGGAGGAAGCAUUUCCCUGAGUGAAAAUGGAGUGGAAAAUGGCUAUAACAUACGUGGAAAAAUUAAAACUCAGGUCACAAUAGUGGAUGGGAAUGAUGUGGAUGGUACUCCUCCUCAAUUAGAUGGUUAUUGUAUGAACGUUGCUGUAAAUAAUAGUGACGUGGAUUUAGCAAAAUACGAGAUUUUAUCUGAUCCAGGGGAUUCGAGUAUAGCAGAUGCAGGCUCAAAUGAAAUGACAUUUUCUGUUCAGCAGCUUGAAUUAGAUUGCACUGUAAACUGUCCAAAAGCUAUCCCAGGGAGGAGUGAAAGCAAUAUCUGGACUACAGGCAUACAAGAAACCUUAGAUACAGUCUGCAAUGGCCUAUUGUCUAAUAAGGUGUUCCAGAAAGAAGAAAUUGAGCCCCUGCAGGUUAAACAACAGGAGGUGAACUGGUUGGGCCAAGGCCUUAUUCAAAGUGCUGCUAAAAGCACCAACACAGAAAGCCUUGAACAUGACCUUGAAGAUGUUAACACUCGGUGGAAAACUCUCAAUAAGAAGGUGGCCCAACGUGCAGCACAAUUGCAGGAAGCCCUCCUUCACUGCGGGAGAUUUCAGGAUGCCCUUGAAUCUCUGCUUAGUUGGCUCAUUGAUACAGAAGAACUUGUGGCUAAUCAAAAACCACCAUCUGCCGAAUUCAAAGUUGUGAAGGCCCAAAUACAAGAGCAGAAACUUCUCCAGAGGCUGUUGGAUGACCGAAAGCCUACUGUUGAGGUAAUCAAGCGUGAAGGGGAGAAAAUUGCAGAGUCAGCAGAACCUGCUGAUAAAGUGAAAAUCUUGAAGCAGUUGAGUUUGCUGGAUAGUCGAUGGGAUGCAUUGCUCACUAAAGCUGAAAUAAGGAACCGUCAGUUGGAAGGCAUCUCAGUGGUAGCACAGCAGUUUCAUGAAGCUUUGGAGCCAUUGGUGGAGUGGCUGUCAGCCACAGAGAAGAGACUUGCAAAUGCUGAACCUAUUGGAACACAGGCUUCCAAACUGCAACAGCAGAUUUCUCAGCAUAAAGCCCUAGAAGAUGAUGUCCUAGCUCACAAUAAGAGUUUGCUUCAGGCCAUUAGCACUGGUCAGUCUCUAAAGACUAUGAGCUCCAGGGAAGACAAAGAUAUGGUGCAGGAAAAGCUAGAUUCUUCUCAGGCCCGAUACAUUGAGAUUCAAGAGAAGAGCAACAGCAGGUCUGAACUUCUACAGCAAGCAUACUGCAAUGCUCAGAUUUUUGGGGAGGACGAAGUUGAGUUGAUGAACUGGCUGAAUGAAGUCCAUGAUAAACUGAGCAAGUUGUCAGUCCAAGAUUGCAACACAGAAUUGCUUGAGAAACAGCACUCUGAACUACUGGAGCUUCAGGAGGAGAUUCUUCUCAGAAAACAAAAUGUUGAUUUGGCUAUACAAAAUGGCUUAGAGCUUCUCAAACAAACAACAGGUGAUGAAGUUAUAAUAAUUCAAGAUAAACUGGAAGGCAUUAAAGUGAGAUACAAAGAUAUUACAAAAUUGAGCUCUGAUGUGUCCAAGACCUUAGAGCAGGCCCUACAGCUUGCAGGUCAGCUGCACUCAACCCAUGAGGAGCUCUGCAAAUGGCUUGACAAAGUGGAAGUGGAAUUACUGUCAUAUGAAACUCAAAUACCACAGGGUGAAGAAUUAAGCCAAGCACAAGAAAGACAAAAAGAGUUGAAAAAAGAAGCAAAAACCAACAAAGCCUUACUGGACACUCUCAAUGAAGUUGGCAGUGCCUUCUUGGAACUGGUGCCAUGGAGGGCUAGAGAGGGGCUUGACAAGAUGAUAACAGAAGACAACGAACGAUACAGAUUAGUGAGUGACACAAUCUCUCAGAAGGUGGAUGAGAUUGAUGCUGCCAUCCUGAGAUCCCAGCAGGUACUGAUAACCUGUUUUAGGACUAUAAUAAAUGGCCUCUGGCAAUGUGUACUUAAAUAGAAGAUGUCCUUUAAU